GUCAAGCCUCAGGAGGCAGGAUGCUCUGGGGGCUGGUCCUGCUGGCCCUGUGGACGCGGCCCGGUGCUCCAGCUGGUGACCAGGAUGAAGACACUUUCUUCGACCUUUUCAGCAUUAGCAACAUCAACAGGAAGACCAUCGGUGCCAAGCAGUUCCGUGGGCCUGACCCCAGCGUGCCAGCUUACCGUUUUGUGCGGUUUGACUACAUCCCCCCAGUGAACGCAGAUGAUCUCGGCAAGAUCACCAAGCUCAUGCGGCAGAAGGAGGGCUUCUUCCUCACAGCCCAGCUGAGGCAGGACCGCAAGUCCAGGGGCACGCUGCUGGCUCUGGAGGGCCCUGGCACCUCCCACAGGCAAUUCGAGAUCGUCUCCAAUGGCCCAGCAGACACCCUGGACCUCACCUACUGGAUCGAUGGCACCCAGCACGUCAUCUCCCUGGAGGACGUGGGCCUGGCUGACUCCCAGUGGAAGAACAUCACCGUGCAGGUGUCAGGCGAGACCUUCGGCCUGUACGUGGGCUGUGACCUCAUCGACAGCUUCACUCUGGACGAGCCCUUCUAUGAGGAGCUCAAGACAGAAAAGAGCAGGAUGUACGUGGCCAAAGGCUCUGCCCGCGACAGUCACUUCAGGGGUUUGCUUCAGAAUAUCCACUUAGUUUUUGAAAAUUCUGUGGAAGAUAUUCUAAGCAAGAAAGGCUGUCAGCAAGGCCAGGGAGUUGAAAUCAACGCCAUCAGCGAGAACACAGAGACGCUGCACGUGGGCCCCCAUGUCACCACGGAGUACGUGGGCCAGCGCGUGGAGAAGAGGCCGGACGUGUGCGAGCACUCCUGCGAGGAGCUGGGCAACAUGAUCAGCGAGCUCUCGGGGCUGCAGCUCAUCGUCAGCCAGCUCCACGAGAACCUGAGGAAAGUGUCAAAUGACAACCAGUUUCUCUGGGAGCUCAUCGGUGGCCCUCCUAAGACAAGGAACAUGUCGGCUUGCUGGCAGGACGGCAGGUUCUUUGCAGAAAACGAGACCUGGGUGGUGGACAGCUGCACCACGUGCACCUGCAAGAAAUUUAAAACAGUUUGCCAUGAAAUCACCUGCCCGCCAGCGACGUGCGCCAACCCCUCCUUUGUUGAGGGCGAGUGCUGUCCCUUCUGCACUCACUCGGUGGACGGUGAGGAGGGCUGGUCUCCAUGGGCAGAGUGGACUGAGUGCUCUGUCUCCUGUGGUUCCGGGACCCAGCAGAGGGGCCGGUCAUGCGAUGUCACCAGCAACACAUGCUUGGGCCCCUCCAUCCAGACACGAGCGUGCAGCCUGGGCAAGUGUGACACCCGCAUCCGGCAGGACGGCGGCUGGAGCCACUGGUCACCUUGGUCUUCGUGCUCAGUGACCUGUGGAGUCGGCAACAUCACACGCAUCCGUCUGUGCAACUCCCCGGUCCCCCAGAUGGGAGGCAAGAACUGCAGAGGCAGCGGCCGGGAGACCAAAGCCUGCCAGGGCGCCCCAUGCCCAAUCGAUGGCCGCUGGAGCCCCUGGUCCCCGUGGUCCGCCUGCACGGUCACCUGCGCCGGAGGCAUCCGCGAGCGCACACGGGUCUGCAACAGUCCCGAGCCGCAGCACGGCGGGAAGGCGUGCGUGGGGGACGUGACCGAGCGGCAGAUGUGCAACCGGAGGAGCUGUCCCGUAGACGGCUGUCUGUCCAACCCCUGCUUCCCCGGGGCCGAGUGCAGCAGCUUCCCCGACGGGUCCUGGUCCUGCGGCUCCUGCCCGGAGGGCUUCCUGGGCAACGGCUACCGAGGCAGCCAGCCCCGCGGGGUCGGCCUGGAGGCCGCCAGGACGGACAAGCAGGUGUGUGAGCCCGAGAACCCCUGCAAGGACAAGACUCACAGCUGCCACAGGAACGCAGAGUGCAUCUACCUGGGCCACUUCAGCGACCCCAUGUACAAGUGCGAGUGCAAGACGGGCUACGCAGGCGACGGGCUCAUCUGCGGGGAGGACUCGGACCUGGACGGCUGGCCCAACAGCAACCUGGUGUGCGCCACCAACGCCACCUACCACUGCAUCAAGGAUAACUGCCCUCAUCUGCCUAACUCUGGGCAAGAAGACUUUGACAAGGAUGGAAUCGGAGACGCCUGUGAUGACGACGACGACAAUGACGGCGUCAGCGAUGAGAAGGACAACUGUCAGCUUCUUUUCAACCCCCGCCAAUCUGACUAUGACAAAGACGAGGUUGGGGAUCGCUGUGACAACUGCCCAUAUGUGCACAACCCUGCCCAGAUCGACACGGACAACAACGGAGAGGGGGACGCCUGCUCUGUGGACAUCGAUGGAGAUGAUGUCUUCAAUGAAAGAGACAACUGUCCCUACGUCUACAACACGGACCAGAGAGACACGGAUGGUGACGGCGUGGGGGACCACUGUGACAACUGUCCCCUGGUGCACAACCCUGACCAGACUGACAUGGACAACGACCUUGUCGGGGACCAGUGUGACAACAAUGAGGACAUAGAUGAUGAUGGCCACCAGAACAACCAGGACAACUGCCCCUACAUCUCCAAUGCCAACCAGGCUGACCAUGACCAUGAUGGCAAGGGGGAUGCCUGUGACCCUGAUGAUGACAAUGACGGUGUCCCUGAUGACAGGGACAACUGCCGGCUCGUGUUCAACCCAGACCAGGAGGACUCAGAUGGUGACGGGCGGGGCGAUGUUUGUAAAGACGACUUUGACAACGACAGUGUCCCGGACAUUGACGAUGUGUGUCCCGAGAACAAUGCUAUCAGCGAGACUGACUUCAGGAACUUCCAGAUGGUCCCCUUGGAUCCCAAGGGGACCACGCAGAUCGACCCGAACUGGGUCAUUCGCCAUCAAGGCAAGGAGCUGGUCCAGACGGCGAACUCGGACCCUGGCAUUGCCGUAGGUUUUGAUGAGUUUGGGUCUGUGGACUUCAGUGGCACAUUCUACGUCAACACUGACCGGGACGACGACUACGCUGGCUUUGUGUUUGGCUACCAGUCGAGCAGCCGCUUCUAUGUGGUGAUGUGGAAGCAGGUGACUCAGACCUACUGGGAAGACCAGCCCACCCGGGCCUACGGCUACUCCGGAGUGUCCUUGAAGGUGGUCAACUCCACCACGGGCACUGGCGAGCACCUGAGGAACGCGCUGUGGCACACCGGGAACACCGAGGGCCAGGUGCGCACGUUGUGGCACGACCCCAAAAAUAUUGGCUGGAAAGACUACACUGCCUACAGGUGGCAUCUGACACACAGGCCUAAGACGGGCUACAUCAGAGUCUUAGUGCAUGAAGGAAAACAGGUCAUGGCGGACUCAGGACCAAUCUACGACCAAACCUACUCUGGCGGGCGACUGGGUCUGUUUGUCUUCUCUCAAGAAAUGGUCUAUUUCUCGGACCUCAAGUACGAAUGCAGAGAUGUCUAAGCAAGAUUUUCUGCCUUUCCACCAAUGCCUGGCUCAUGCCGUGUUACCCAGGCACCUCAGUUCACCCCGGUCCUUGCAGCCUCACUGUGCAGCCCUCCUGCCUCUUGACCUUAACUCUGAUGGUUCUUCUCUUCCUGCCAUCAGCCCCAAGCCCAAGUGCCUUCAGCGGAUAAAUAUUAAUGGGACCCAAAGAUGAAUACCAACCACUACAGGAAAACAUUUGGUGACACAUGAGACUUCAUGUGGAGUGAGAGUUGGGCGUGGCAUUACGUUGCUUUUUCUCAUUUGUUUAAAAAGAAUGACGUUUACAUAUAAAAUGUAAUUACUUGUAUUUAUGUGUAUAUGGAGUUGAAGGGCAUACUGUGCAUAAGCCAUUGCCAUAAAUUAAGCACGAAAACGUUGCUAAACUACUUAACGGUGCCUAAAGUCUUCACUGUUCUUGGAUUAGAACUGUUCUGCAAUCACACGCAAAUCCUGUUAGGUCACUUAUAAAGAAGGGUCAACCCAAGUCUGAAGUAAUGCCAUAGGAGGGAGGAGGGUAGAAGUUAAUACUCUUGCGAGACUGUGGCCCGAUGUCAAAUGAUGUAAGAUAUCAAUUAACCCAUUGGAACAUAGACCAUAAUUACAAGAUAAACAAAUACCUUGUCCUCCAUUCUCCUCUGUCCUACAGUGAAAGCCGUCAUAUUUGGUAGAGAUGUAGUUUUAUCAAAGAAGGAAUAUCCUUGCAAAAUGGAUCCAGUGUGGUUCCAGAUGUGGACUUGGCGGAGCCGCGUGUGAGUGAAAGUUUAACAGGCUGAGUGGCUUUGCAUAAGCUGGCCGCUCCCGUGGCUGUAGCUUUCAGAGAGCUCCCAGCCAGCUGUCGUCUGAGUUUGCAUUCUCAUCUCUGAUUUUUUUGUUGUGCUUGGUACCCAAUCUCUGCUACUGGAGCACAGACAGCAGGCAAAUUAGCAAAUGCACUUUGACAUCUAAUUUUUAUUCUAGGCUUUAGAAACUGUGGAAAAGUUGCUUUUACCUAAUUUGGUAACACACUUCAUUAAGGUUCCAGUUAUAAAUGUUUUGUUAAUAUUUAUUAAAUGAAUAUAGAAUUCAGCUCGAUUCAUCAUAACUUAUUUUAAAUAUACCAAGUGACAUAUGAAGUAUAAUUUUUAGAAAUGAACAUAUAACAAGUAUAGAAUAAUAUAAAGAUACAGUUACAGCAACAUGUCUGCCUGUCAGAAUACAAGGUUUUAUGGUAUUCUGUUGUCAUGAUAAAGCAUGCUGUAAAUGGAAUAGGACUAAUAAAUAAUAAUGAAGAGUUUAUAAUGGAACCUUCAUAUAUACCAUUGCCAGUGAUUUUAGUUCAACAUUUUUUACUCUUAUCUAUCUGCUGUAUAUAGGAUUUUCUUUUUUUUUUUAUUUCAGUGCUGGAGAAAAAUCAGCAUUUAGUCUUGCCAGACACACCCAAUAGCCAGUCACACAGUAAUAUACACAAGUUUGAUUUACUUUUUGCUUGAAGUUGCAUGAUCUUUCUGCAGGAAACAGUUCAUCCCAAUCCACAUAAGGGUUUUAAUGAGAGAAGUUUGUGUUGUCUGUCUGAUAUGGGGCAAAUCUUUCUCCCCUUUCUAUUAAGAGUGAUCACAUUUCUGCGGCAAAUAGAAAGGAUCCAUAACUUUUGACUUAAUUUACACAUUUCAUUUUGAUAAAAUUAUUUUGGUUGCUUCCUUUGAGGUUGAUUUUCUUUUUCUUUUGUUUUGCUGCACUUUCUGCUUUCUUUAUGGAACUGUAUUCCCAAGACCAAUGAAGGGUUGGGAGACUUCAUUAAAUGUAACAAUUGUAAAGAGCGUGCAGGUUUUCUGUUCUGGUGUUGUUUGGUCAGGCAACACAAUGGUGUGGGGAUUACGAUGUGAAUAUUUAGAAUGUACUAUAUUUCUUGUAAAUUAUUUAUGUUUUUUUAAACAAACUUCUCGUAUAGGUUGAUAAAACUUCAUUUGUUUUGCCAAAGACUGUAAAUACUUAUUUAUUUGUUUACGUGGUCAGAAUUUCUCCACUGAAACCCUGCAUUUAGCUAGAGCAUCAUUUUUAUACUUUAAAGAUUAAUAACAGGAAAUAAAUGGUAAAAAGGUUUUCUAUAAA